AUGCGCCUCGCUCAGCGGUUGGCACAAGAGGCGUCGCUUGCUCGGGAGUGCUUAGGUGAUGGUGACGAUGCUGCAUACGCGGUUGUUAUGGUUGUCACCGCGAAGCAACUGGCUGAGCUUCGCUCCUUCCGGCAUCCGCCGGCGGUGGUUUGCCAAGUGCUCGAGGCCGUUGCGGUGAUCUUGGGCGUGGCGGACACCCGCUGGUCCAGCAUGCGGAAGCUGUUAGACAGCAACCUCCUGAAUCGUCUCUGCUCGUUGAAUCCGGCAGAUCUUUCGCCGACUCAGUUGGACCGGCUUCAGACGCUCUUGCAGGUGCCAACCUUUUCAGAGAGCUUGGACGAGCGUUGCCCAGCCGUUGCCUCGCUGGCCAGGUGGUGCAACGCUGUGGGGGGUGUUGGCGAACGGCCCGGUGAGGAGCGGCCCGGCCAAGGCGGUCUGCUUGUGGAGCCCGACCUCUGGCUGCUGAACGAGGCGCAGCUUUCAGCAGUCCACGACUUGACCGUCACAAAGCAGGGUAUUGGGUGCGUGACCUUCCACGGCCAGACAGACUGCCGGGAGCUGGUCUACUGCCUCCCGGAUGUGGUGGUGCUGAACCCUGGGGAGGUGGUGAUCUACCCCAAUCAGAAGGUGAAGCCACCCGUUGGCUCUGGCUUGAACAAGCCCUCCACCAUCAAACUGUAUGGCUGCCUCCCAAAGACUCAAGUCUUCCGAGAUGAGAAAGCCCGGGAGAAAUACCGGACGCGAGUCAAGACCAUGACAGAGGAGAAGGGGGCCGAGUUCAUCGACUACGACUGUGACCAGGGCGUCUGGCAAUUCCGCGUCACGCACUUCUGA